AUGAAACAAAAUUUGUAUAGUAAUAAUCAAAGACCUCCUAGUACAACUAAAGAUAAAAUGUAAGCAUAAGGAUUGCCCAAUUAUCCAUUAUUACUUAAUAAAACUUAAUCAACACCAUCUUCUUAAGAGAUCAAAUAAAGUUAUCCUUACUCUUCAUAUGGUACAUCCACAAUUACCACCUAAUAAUAAUAAGUAAAUUAUUAUUAUUUAUUUGAAUAGUCUAGACCUUAUGAAUAAAACACAUAAAAACUAAAUCCAUAUUAAAUCAAUUCAUAACAAUCAUCAAGUGCAAUGACAAAUUCACUAUCGACUACUUAAAAGACUAAUUCAACUAUUUCAUCUAUGUCAUAAUCUCAACCUGAAUAAUAAUAAUAUUAGAAAUAUAUGUAAAAUGUCAGCAAAGGCAUAUGCGGAUUGAGAAAUAUUGGCAAUACAUGUUUUAUGUAAUUGUAUUUAAUUACAUUCAGGAAUUCAGUUCUGUAAUGCUUACUCAACCUUCCUGCUUUUAAUGAACACUUUUUAAAUGGUGAUUACUUAAAAGACUUGAAUUCUAAAAACAGCUCUGUUCCAAAUGAAUAUAGUAAAUUAGUUUCCACUGUUAGGAGCACACCAAAUUUCUAAUCUAUUGCUCCAUAUGGAAUAAAAUCAGCAGUUGGUAAUUUCUUUAUAUUUAUUAGCAAUUUCUAUUAGAAAAUGUUAUGCCUUGUUUUAGAGGUUAUGCUUAAUAAGAUGCUUAAGAAUUUUUGGUAGCAUUAUUAGAUGGUCUCAGUCUUGGUUUAAAUAGAGUAAAAUACAAAUCAUCAUAUAAAGAAAUGAAUGAUAAUCUUAAUGGAAGAAAUUUAUAAGAUUUAGUAAUUCUUAUUUUAAUUAUAUUUUAGAGUAAAGAAUGGUGGGAUUAUUCAAAAAGUAGAGAAAAUAGUUUGGUUUUAGAUUAUUUUUAAGGACAAUUAUUACAUACAAUCAAAUGUUCUUAUUGUAGCAAUAGUUCAUAUGCAUUUGACACUUUCUUAGAUACAUCUUUAGCAUUUACAAGAGCAUUUAAAAUAUUAGAAGAUAUGGAUUUGGAUAGAUUAUUAGAUAAAUAUGUAAUAGAAGAAACAAUAGAUGAUUAUUAUUGUUCAAAAUGGUAUUUAAUUUAUCGUUAUUGUAUGUUGAAGUAAAAAGCAUUAAAAAGUGAAACGUAAAUUUACAAUUUGGAGAUUGCCUCAUAUUUUAAUGUUUCAUAUCAAAAGAUUUGAUUAUAGAAGAUUUUCUAGUGAUAAAUUAAAUCAUAGAGUGAAAUUUCCAUUGGAAUUAGAUAUGUCAAAAUUCAUCUAAGAUUCACGUAAGACAUUCUUAAUUUUAGUUGACUAGUCUACCAAAAAUUGUUAAUAUUCCUUAUGUGGAAUAGUAAAUCAUAGUGGAACUUUGUAUGGAGGUCACUAUACAGCGUAAUUAUAAUUUAUAAAUUUAUAAAGUGACAGUUUGAAUCCAUUUAAUUUAAAAUGGUAUCGAUAUAAUGAUUCUGACGUAAGAGAGAUUGAUGUAAAACAAUAAAGAUAUGAUACUGAUGGCAGUAGUAGUCCAUAUAUAUUGUUUUAUGCGAGAAAGUCAUUAUAUUGA